UCGCCAGGUGAGGUCCCUACCAAGCAGAGCGCCCCGGGGUGGGGCGCGCAGGCGAAGCGGCGGUGGCUUGAGAUAUGCUCCCUGAGGUGGGCUCCCUGUGGCUGCUGAGGCUGCUCCGGGACAUCCAGCUGGCCCAAUUUUACCGGCCCAUCCUUGAGGAGCUUAAUGUCUCUCGGCCAGAGCAUUUCGACUUUGUAAGGCCUGAGGACCUGGAUGGAAUUGGCAUGGGCCGGCCUGCCCAGCGCAGACUGGCUGAAGCUCUGAAGAAGCACCGUUCAGGGCUCAAGUCUAAGAACUGGGUCUACAAGAUCCUCGGAGGUUUUGCCCAAGAGCAGAAGGAGCCUACCCUGCCCUCAGACAGCCCACUGCGCCUCCAUGAGCCAGAGGGGGGACUCAAGUGUCUGAUUCCAGAGGGUGCUGUGUGCAGGGGGGAACUGCUGGGCUCAGGUUGCUUUGGUGUGGUGCACCGGGGGCUGUGGACCCUGCCCAGUGGCCAGAGUGUCCCAGUGGCUGUCAAGUCCCUCAGGGUAGGUCCCGAAGGCCCUGUUGGCACAGAGCUGGGGGACUUUCUUAGAGAGGUGUCAGUCAUGAUGAACCUGGAGCACCCACAUGUGCUGCAACUGCAUGGCCUUGUAUUGGGCCAGCCUCUGCAGAUGGUGAUGGAGCUGGCUCCGCUGGGCUCCCUGCAUGUGCGCCUGAUGGCCCCAGCCCCUACACCCCCACUGCCGGUAGCCCUGCUCUGCCUCUUCCUGCGGCAGUUGGCGGGGGCCAUGGCAUACUUGGGAGCCCGUGGGUUAGUGCACCGAGACCUUGCAACACGCAACCUAUUGCUGGCUUCACCCUGCAGGAUCAAAGUGGCAGAUUUUGGGCUGGUGCGGCCGCUGAGCGGUGCCCAGGGCCGCUACAUCAUGGGUGGGCCCCGGCCCAUCCCCUAUGCUUGGUGUGCACCAGAGAGCUUGCGCCAGGGAGCCUUCUCGUCUGCUUCAGAUGUAUGGAUGUUUGGGGUGACGCUGUGGGAGAUGUUCUCCAGGGGCGAGGAGCCCUGGGCUGGGGUCCCGCCAUAUCUCAUCCUGCAGAGGCUGGAGAAGGACCGAGCCCGGCUACCUAGGCCUCCCCUCUGCUCCAGGGCCCUCUACGCACUCGCCUUGCGCUGCUGGGCCCUCCAUCCUGCUGACCGGCCUACCUUUUCCCACCUGGAAGAGCUUCUCCAAGAGGCCUGGCCUUCUGAAGGACGCUGUAUAAGGAAUGUCACAGAGCCAGGCACCCUGAGGAUGGAGCCCGGUGAUCCUAUCACCAUCAUCGAGGGCAGCCCAGACUCCACAGUCUGGAAGGGCCAGAAUGGUCGCACCUUCAAAGUGGGCAGCUUCCCAGCCUCAGCAGUGACACUGACGGACUUGUCUGGCUUACCAGCUACUUAUCCAGUCCAUAGAGGCUCCCCUGCUCAGGGAGAACAGCCCCGAGGAAGAACAGAUGGGAACAGAAAAAAGACAAAGCUUCGGGAUCUACCUCCAGCACAGGGCCAGAGAAGGAAUGUGCCCCUGCAGAGGAUGAAAGGCAUUUCCAAGAGUCUGGAGUCAGUUCUUUCCCUGGGCACUCGCCCCACAGGAGGUGGUUCAAGCCCCCCUGAACUUCGACAAACCAGAGCUGUGCCCCAGGGACACCCAGGCCUGCCUCCACACCUACCUUUUGCCUCCAGCUCCUCUCAGCCCAGCCAGCCCCCUAGGGAGCGACCUUCCUGGCCCAAAAGAGAACCUCCACACAAUCACCCCAUGGGGGCACUUGGAGCCAGUAAAGCCUCUGUUCCCUCUAGAGGCCUCCUGCCCAACCCUGAGUUGCAAAGGAAGAUUACAGAGAUGGAGCUGAGUGUACAUGGAGUCACCCACCAGGAGUGCCAGGCAGCCCUAAAAGCCACUGGGGGAGAUGUGGAUUCUGCCAUCCGGAACCUCAAAGUAAAGCCAGAUCCUUCUCUGGGACUACCUCCUCCCCUGUCCCUGACACCUAGUGGUCAUCUCCACUGUCUCCUGCUCCCACAGGUAGACCAGCUUUUCCAUCUUAGUAGCCGGUCCAGAGCCGACUGCCGGAGCAUCCUGGAGCAUUACCAGUGGGAUCUCUCAGCUGCCAGCCGCUAUGUCCUAGCCCGGCCCUGAGCUCUGCCUCCUUGGGCAUGUACACCAGAAUAGAAACCCUCAGUCCUUCAGGGCCUAGUCUUUGGGACCAAGCAGAACCAGAACAAGAUCCUGACAGGGGCAAACUUUUUCACCUGGGGAAAUCCCACCCACUACAGGCAGGUAGAGGAGGAGCCUGAGGUCAGGCAAUGACAAAUGUUUCCUCCCUAUCCUACCCUUGGCCUCUGAGGCCAAGAAGGAUCUAAUCCACUAUGCCCACCACAGUCUAAAACAAGAGGAAGACUUGGAGGAAAUGAGCUACUAUACACCCUGUCCAGAGGAAGCUUCUACCUGCUACAGAAGAUGAUGAAGUGGCCACACUGGACCAUGAGAAUAGCCAUCCUGAACUGUCAUCAGUCACCACACUGGACUCUGAGCUGUCAUCCUGGAUGAUGGAAGCAGCCAUACUGACUUGGGACACACAGGGCCACUGUAGGGGAUGACAAUUACUCUUUUGAACUCAAGGUCAUUUGAUCUGGUAGCAUGGAUUAUGAAGCAGCCAGCCCCUGC